GUUGUGAGGGGGAAAAGACGCACAUUUACCGUGGAAUUUCUACUGAAAUCGUCACCCUAGGGCCCAGGAAACUGUCGAAAUGAGUGAGGGGAAUUAUAAGGAUUGGAUCCUCGAAACAAUCGACCAGCUUCGUAACAGGAAAGCUCGUCCGGACCUGGAGCGGAUCUGUCACAUGGUAGAGCGAAAACACGGCUUAACUUUCAGCGAGACGGAGGCCGAGCUUGAAAAGCUGGUCGACUCGGAAAUUGUUAUAAAAGUGGACUACAAAGGCAGCACAAGUUACCGCAACGCCGCCAAAUGGAAAAAGAGUCACGUUGGUGGACAGGUACUGAACUCGAACCAAGUGAGUCGUCAGUUACAUGAGGCCAUGCACGCGCUGACGGCCGGAGAGUCGGGCACGGGCCGCAGUAGAACGGGCACGUCGUAUUCAGACAUCGAGAACUGGCUGGUGGAGUUGAACGGUGGAGAAGUCGACUUGGAGGAAUCGCAACUCCAAACCGCUCUCCAAAGAGAAGUGGACUGUCGGCGAUUCGAGAAGCUACCCAACGGAAAUUAUGCUUUCCGUGAGAAAGAGAAAGCUGAUAAACCUGACAGAAAGUCGGGGAAAAUACUGAAGAUGGUGCAUGGGAAUAAAGGGGGUGUUGUUGGACAGAAUUCGGGAACUAGCCCGGGGAAACGGGGACGGCCACCGACCAAAAGAAAGAGGAUUAAGAAGUCCCCUGGUCCCGAGUUUGAGUCUUAUGACGUAGCCAAGGUUGUGACGGACGAGCGGUGUGAUUACUGCCUGCAGACAGCCGCUCAUAACCGCCGAGGAAAACAUGAAGAUCUGCUUAUCUGUAAAGAUUGCAAUGCGAAAGCUCAUCCUUCCUGCAUGGAGUACUCAGAGGAACUGGCUAAGCGAGCCCGUAAGUCUCCCUGGCAGUGCAUAGACUGUAAAACGUGCUACAUUUGUGACGACUCGGGAGAUGCUGAUGCCAUGCUGUUUUGUGACGCAUGUGACAAAGGCUACCACAUGACCUGUCACAACCCAAUGGUGACAGAAAAGCCUCAAGGCAAAUGGGUAUGUGCUGAGUGUGUGUUGGAGGGAGUGGCUGACAGCAUCCUUCACUCGCCUGAUGCAAUGGAAGAGGGGACAUCGCCUGAGUCUACUGGCAAACAGAUAGAUGGCUCGGGUCCGUCUUGCUUACCAACUCCAUGUGAUUCCCCUGUACAGGAUCCUGACAAAGAAAAUGAUAGUAAACUGUUCCACCCAACACCUCCCAAAUUACGCAAACUCGCCGAGUCUGAAGUGCCUGAUGCUUCAGAAUGGACAAUAGAAGAAGUGGUAGAUUUCUUCAAGUCUCUGGGUUUUCAGCAACAGGCAGAUGCCUUCCGGGAACAGGAAAUCGAUGGGAAAUCCCUGCUCUUAAUGCGAAGAAGUGAUGUGUUGUCUGGUCUCUCUCUCAAACUGGGCCAUGCCCUCAAAAUCUACGUAUAUGUUCAACGCCUCCAGACAGUAGGACAGCCAUUCCAUUACUGAGGGAUCUCUUGCAGUGUUGACUACAUCUGCAUGACUAUAAAUUGUUAGCAUGGUAAUGCUGUAGCUUCAUCUUCAGCUGUAAACAACUCGGUGACAAUAAACAUCUUAAUUUAUUUAGAUCACAAAUAUAUAAAAGAAGCAUGUAAAACAGCACUGAGUCUGAUUAAGGUAUGACUUUAAUUAGCAUUAAAAAUGUUCUCGAUUUUUGAGCGAUCUAGGUCAUCUUAAAAAAAAAUUUGUUUCAUAUAACCCAACCCUAUGUGGAAAAUUAGAGCUGGGUGAAUUGUUGUUUUUUUUUUUCACUGGAAAGGAAAAAAUGAAGUGAUUUUGUGGAGAAAAACAAUGAAAACUUUGUAUAGGUAGCUUGUUGGUGGGUUGGUAGAGCUAUGUUAAACAGACACGUUUUUGAAGAUAUACUAUAAUGAGCAGUGUGAAAUUACCAAUUCACUAUGCAGUUGUUGUAAACAAAUGUUUAACAUUGAAAAGGUUUUCGUGUGAGACUAGAAAGCAGUUUUUAUUAUGUUAUGAAUUGUGUAAGGAAUGUAAGGAAAAUCUGGAAUGAAGCUUGCGAAAUAAUGGGCCUUUACAGCAUCAAAUCUUGAAUCUUCAUUCAAAGAAAUCGAAAAAUUGGAGAAUAGCAUGGUUUUUAAAAUUUGAAAUGAAAUGAAUUAUUGUUACCUGCAAGGAAAAGUUGUGAAAAGUUGUCAUUUCUUACAUUGCCCAUUCUAAUGGAAGAUCAUGGUGAUGAAGCAAAUUUCUAAACCAUGAAAUCUAUUGACAUCUGUGAAUUUACAUUUUCUUUACAAAAUGUCUUUCUAGAAGCUUUUACAUAUUGACAUUCUGGAUGCCAAUCUUUUUUUACACUCUAUAUGUGAAAAUGGACAUUCUGUUCUUCUACCCAAUGAAAUGCUAUUUAAAAAUUUCUUUAUAUGUAAAUUAUGUGGCAUUGUUUAAGCCUGUGUGUUUUGAAAUGGAGGGAAUUAGUUGGUUUACCAUUCAAGAUGUAAAAAUAAGUAUAUGAUUAUUACAAUCAGCUUAAUUCUUGAAAAGAGACAAAAAAAAAGAUAAUUCUGUAUUGAUUGUGUGAAAUUUCCCAACAGGUUGCGGAUCCUUGGUGAAAACAAGCCAUCAGCAACACUCAUGUGAGCAUUUAUGCUGUUUAACUUGUUUUCAACCAAUAUGUAUGCUUAAUUAUAAGUGGGAAAAUUCAUCAAUAACUUGCUUAUGGCUGGUUGUUUACACUCUACACUAUGGUUUCCUUCACCCAUAAAACGGAUCGCCAUCAAGCAAAUGAAAAAUUCUUGAUUAUGGCAUUAUGCAACGAUGAAAUAAAUAUUUUGUACAUUGUAGAUUGUAAACGGACAGGGAAAUAAUGCUUUCAAACGUUCAACAGGCUGUAAAAGUUAGCAUACUUUUUUUAAACAGAAAACAAUCAUUUUUUAAAUUAUUUUUGAGGCACAUUUGCAGUCUUGUGCAUAUUGUAUGCACAUUUGUUCCCAUUACACAGGAGUUUUACAUAAAUUACCUCGGGUAUAAACAACGGUAACUUUGUCUGUAUGGGCCAAGUAUACAUGAUGUAAAUGGAUCCUUCUGAAAAACAUGUACAAACUUAGUCCCCCAUUAAGUAAGUACAGGGCUGUUUUGACAGUCUGCAUCAGUCCUCACUGGCUGGCCUAGUUCAUUAACUGGUGGACUGACAGCUUGGAGCUGAUGACCAAGUACUUAAUAUCUUCAAAACCAUAUUGACAUUUAAAAUUAAAUCGUAAAAUUAAAGCUGGGACACUUAUGUGUAAAUUCUACACUUUCCAACAUAUAACCUAAAAAUAGAUUACAAAAAAUGAUACAUUUCUUAAAUCAUUUAAUCUGAUUAAGAUAAGAGAAGAAACACAAAGCAUUUGUGAAAAAACUUUGAUUGAUAUAGUUUACGUUGCCAUAAGUAUGUACCUAAUAUGUAAAUUUUUUUGACAAACCCAAGGUGUAAAUCUGCAAUAAACUACACCACCCCGAGAUUAAACUCCAAAUUUUGCCAGAUACUGCUAGCUUGUCAUGUUACAAAGCCUCCUGAAUUUGUGCCCAACAGGUAAGUUUUGGCUUACAUAUUGUGUACGUUAAUGGCUGAAAACUUGAGUGUGCUGGAAACUAGAAUGUGAUGGAAACUAGAAUGUGCUGGAAACUUGAGUGUGCUGGAGACCACUUACUUUUGUUAAUAAUAUAGAGACUAAUUUGGGUCUUGUAAAUAUUCUUUUGUGCCAAAUUGUAUUGUAGGGUGCUGGUAUCACUUGUUAGAGGCUCUGGUUUGAAUUGGAUUUCUUGCAGGCGGUUGCCUCUUCUUGUUGGAUCAGGUGGUUAGACUGCGGCUAGAGUAAGGAGCUUUGUCCGGUUCGUACACGUUGACUCCGGUUCUUACAGGUUUACUCUGGUUCUUACUCCGAAGUCCUCCCGAUUCUCCUACCCAUGAACCUCACUGUCCUUGCGGAAGUGAAAACCCUCUGUAAA